UCCGUUGCCUGCUGUUCGCUUACCCAUGCUGGAUUAAAUUUUAAGAAAGAAGACCCUAUUUUGGGGGGGAUUUGCGCUUGUUUUUUGGGAGGUCGGCUGGCACCAAGCUGGGACAAUGAGUGAAGAGGUCAAGGAGAAGAAGACACCUACACGCAAAAAGAAAGGGAAAAAGACGGAUGUAAAUGCAUGUUACCUUCGGGCGGCUCGGGCGGGUAAUCUGGAGAAGGCUCUGGAUUAUCUGAAGAAUGGAGUGGACAUCAACAUCUGCAAUCAGAACGGCCUUAACGCUCUGCACCUGGCGUCGAAGGAGGGCCAUGUUGAAGUUGUGUCUGAACUCAUCAAACAUGGGGCCAAUGUGGACGCAGCUACAAAGAAAGGGAACACAGCCCUUCACAUAGCAUCGCUCGCGGGGCAGACAGACGUUGUGAAGGAGCUGGUUACUCAUGGGGCCAAUGUCAAUGCACAAUCACUGAAUGGCUUCACACCUCUGUACAUGGCGGCGCAGGAGAACCAUCUGGACGUGGUGCAGUUUCUUUUGGACAACGGUUCCAGUCAGAGCAUUGCCACUGAGGAUGGUUUCACUCCCCUGGCCGUGGCACUGCAGCAGGGUCAUGACCAGGUUGUGUCUUUGUUGUUGGAAAAUGACACAAAAGGAAAAGUCCGGCUCCCUGCUUUGCACAUCGCCGCGAGGAAAGACGACACAAAAGCUGCUGCGCUCCUGCUUCAAAACGACCACAAUGCAGAUGUCGAGUCCAAGAUGAUGGUGAAUAGGACUACUGAGAGUGGUUUUACCCCCCUACACAUCGCCGCACACUAUGGCAACAUCAACGUGGCCACAUUAUUACUGAACAGAGGAGCAGCUGUGGACUUCAAGGCGAGGAAUGACAUAACGCCGCUGCACGUAGCUUCCAAACGUGGGAACACAAACAUGGUGCGUCUGCUGGUGGAGCGAGGAGCCAAAAUAGAUGCACGGACCAAGGACGGUCUGACUCCGCUGCACUGUGGGGCCAGGAGCGGACAUGAGCAGGUGGUGGAGAUGCUACUGGACAGAGGGGCCCCAAUCCUGUCCAAAACCAAGAACGGCCUGUCCCCUUUGCACAUGGCCACACAGGGCGACCACCUGAACUGUGUCCAGCUGCUGCUGCAUCACGAGGUCCCAGUCGACGACGUGACAAACGAUUAUCUCACUGCUCUCCAUGUCGCCGCACACUGUGGACACUACAAGGUCGCCAAGGUGAUCGUGGACAAGAAGGCCAACCCCAAUGCCAAAGCGCUGAAUGGGUUCACGCCUCUGCACAUCGCCUGUAAGAAGAACAGAGUCAAAGUGAUGGAGCUGCUCCUCAAACAUGGAGCAUCUAUACAGGCAGUCACUGAGUCUGGUCUCACUCCCAUCCAUGUGGCUGCUUUUAUGGGACAUGAUAACAUUGUUCAUCAGUUGAUCAACCACGGAGCGUCACCAAACACAAGCAACGUGAGAGGAGAGACAGCGCUCCACAUGGCAGCACGAGCAGGACAGUCCAAUGUGGUGAGGUAUCUGCUGCAGAACGGAGCAAGAGUGGAUGCCAAAGCUAAGGACGACCAGACGGCCCUGCACAUUGCCAGUCGACUGGGAAAACCAGACAUUGUUCAGCAGCUCCUAUCCAACGGAGCAUGCCCAGACUCCACCACCAGCUCCGGGUACACGCCCCUCCACCUGGCAGCGCGAGAGGGCCACAGAGACAUCGCUGCUGCCCUCCUGGACCAGGGAGCAGGCCAGGGAGUCACAACCAAGAAGGGGUUUACUCCGUUGCAUGUAGCAGCAAAAUAUGGAAAGAUUGAAGUAGCAAACCUGCUCCUGCAAAAGGGUGCCCAGGCCGACGCUUCAGGGAAGAGUGGACUAACCCCACUGCAUGUGGCAGCGCACUAUGAUAACCAGAAGGUGGCGCUGCUCCUACUGAACCAGGGAGCUUCGCCGCAUGCUGCAGCCAAGAAUGGGUACACUCCUCUUCACAUCGCAGCUAAGAAGAAUCAGAUGGAGAUUGCCACUACAUUACUGGAGUAUGGGGCCUCCACCAACACCGUAACACGCCAGGGAAUCACUCCUCUUCAUCUGGCAGCACAAGAGGGCAACGUGGAUAUGGUAACGCUACUACUGGCCCGCGACGCUCCUAUAAACAUGGGGAAUAAGUCUGGUCUGACUCCACUCCACUUGGCUGCCCAGGAGGAUAAAGUGAAUGUAGCUGAAGUUUUAGUAAAUCAAGGAGCAACUAUUGACCCAGAGACCAAGUUGGGCUACACUCCUCUCCAUGUAGCCUGUCACUACGGCAACAUAAAGAUGGUCAAUUUCCUGUUGAAAAACCAGGCCAAGGUCAACGCUAAGACCAAGAAUGGGUACACUCCUCUGCACCAGGCUGCUCAGCAGGGGCACACUCAUGUCAUCAACCUGCUCCUGCGCUUCGGGGCGUUACCAAACGAACUCACUGUGAAUGGAAACAGUGCUCUGUCCAUUGCCAGACGACUUGGAUACAUCUCUGUGGUGGACACUCUCAAGGUCGUCACAGAGGAGACUGUAACUACUCAGACUGUGACAGAGAAGCACAAGAUAAAUGUUCCAGAGACCAUGAAUGAAGUUUUGGACAUGUCUGAUGAUGAAGUGCGUAGGGCCAAUGUUCCUGAAAUGAUCAAAGACGACUAUUUAUCUGAUGUGGACGAAGAUAUUGAUGUGGGAAAUAUCUACAUCACCUAUACUUGUGAUGAUGCGAUGACGGGGGACACAGACAAAUAUCUGGCGCCCCAGGACCUGAGGGAGCUGGGGGACGACUCUCUGCCUCAGGAGGGAUACAUGGGAUUUAGCGUUGGAGCGCGGUCACAAAGCCUGCGUUCCUUCAGUUCUGAUAGGUCCCACACGCUGAACCGCAGCUCCUACACCCGUGACAGCAUGAUGAUCGAAGAGAUGCUGGCCAACAAGGAGCAUUUGUCUGUGGCUAAGGACUGCGACAACGACUCAUUGCGGAGAUACAGUUGGACCGCAGAUGCCCUUGAUAACGUUAACCUGGUUUCUUCACCGAUCCACUCUGGUGUGUCCUCUCCGCUCCCGCAGUACGACAGCAGGUUCCUGGUCAGUUUCAUGGUCGAUGCGAGAGGCGGGUCCAUGAGAGGAAGCCGUCAUAAUGGUAUGCGCAUCAUCAUCCCGCCCAGGAAGUGCACCGCGCCCACCAGGAUCACGUGCCGAUUGGUCAAGAGGCACAAGUUGGCGUCUCCUCCCCCCAUGGUGGAGGGGGAGGGGCUGGCCAGUCGUUUAGUGGAGGUGGGACCAGCGGGAGCACAGUUUUUGGGGCCAGUGAUAGUGGAGAUCCCCCAUUUUGGCUCAUUGCGGGGCCAGGAGAGGGAGCUGAUCCUACUGAGGAGCGAGAAUGGAGAAACCUGGAAGGAACAUUUGUACGAUUGUAAAACAAAUGACCUUAACCAGAUUCUCAAUGGGAUGGAUGAAGAAUUGGACAGUGCAGAGGAGUUGGAGAAAAAGCGAAUAUGCCGCAUCGUAACCAAGGACUUCCCACAAUACUUUGCUGUUGUGUCACGGAUCAGGCAGGAGACAAACCACAUGGGACCAGAGGGCGGGACUUUGUGCAGUCGGAGCCUCCCAUUGGUCCAGGCCUCUUUCCCAGAGGGGGCACUGACCAAGAAAAUUAAAGUGGGAUUGCAGGCCCAGCCCGUCCCUGAGGAGCUGGUGCAGAAGAUCCUUGGUAACCGAGCAACCUUCAGCCCCAUCGUCACCGUGGAGCCGAGAAGGAGGAAGUUCCACAAACCCAUCACCAUGACGAUCCCGGUGCCGCCUUUGUCCGGAGAAGGACUCACCAAUGGGUACAAGGGAGACUCCACGCCCUGCCUCCGCCUCCUCUGCAGCAUCACGGGUGGUACCUCUCCCGCACAAUGGGAGGACAUUACUGGUACAACUCCUCUCACCUUUGUCAAUGACUGUGUGUCCUUCACCACCAACGUUUCAGCCAGGUUCUGGUUAGCAGACUGUCACCAAAUCCCAGAGACAGUCGGUCUGGCCUCUCAGCUGUAUCGAGAGCUUAUCUGCGUGCCGUAUAUGGCGAAGUUUGUGGUGUUCGCCAAAAUGAACGAUCCGGUGGAGUCUAGGCUGAGGUGCUUUUGUAUGACUGAUGACAAGGUGGACAAAACACUAGAGCAACAGGAAAACUUUGAAGAAGUGGCACGAAGCAAAGAUAUAGAGGUUCUUGAGGGUCGGCCGAUCUACGUGGAUUGCUAUGGAAACUUGUCGCCUUUGACUAAAGCUGGUCAACAGUUAGCCCUUAACUUCUAUGCGUUUAAGGAGAACCGAUUGCCAUUCUGUGUCAAGGUGCGAGACCCCAGCCAGGAGCCAUGCGGACGUCUCACGUUCCUCAAAGAAUGUAAGACCAUAAAAGGACUUCCUCAGACCGCUGUUUGUAAUCUCAACAUCACACUUCCUGCGGUGAAGAAGGAUGUGGAGUCAGAUCCCGAGGAAGAGACUGAAAAGACAGAGAGACGUCAUACCUUUGCAUCCCUAGCCUUACGUAAGCGCUACAGCUAUCUGGCCGAGCCUGCACAGAGUCCACAAAGCCCAUGUGAGAGGACCGACCUCCGCAUGGCCAUUGUAGCAGACCAUCUCGGACUCAGCUGGACUGAGCUGGCCAGGGAGUUGAAUUUCUCUGUGGACGAGAUCAACUUUAUCCGUGUGGAAAACCCCAACUCUCUGACCGCUCAGAGCUUCAUGCUGCUAAAGAAAUGGGUGCACAGGGACGGUAAAAAUGCCACAACGGAUGCCUUAACUGCGGCGCUCACUAAGAUCAACCGGUUGGAUAUUGUGACUUUGCUGGAAGGGCCCAUAUUUGACUACGGUAACAUUUCAGGCACUCGCUGCUUUGCCGAUGAUAACGCAGUAUUCCCGGAUCAGUCCGAUGGAUACCACAAUAUAGAUCUGGAACUGCAGACGCCCACUUCUCUCAGCUUCGAGCCCCCCACCCCUCUCCGAUCAGAUGACUUCUUUGGAGAAUCCCAUGUAGAAUCCCCAAAUAGGACCUCUGUUUCUAGACCCACAGAUUUAUCGUUGAAUCAAACUUUAAGUACCUCCAGUAGCGAUCCAACCACUGUCGCUCCUCAACUAGCAACCCAAGAAGAUGUUAUUGUGGAAUCCAGCCUGCACAGAGAGGUGACAGUCUCCUAUGAGAGCCCAGGAAAUGACAGAAGAGCUGUAGAGAAACAAGUUCAAGAUCUGGAGGUUAAACAAGAUGCCAGUGACGUGAUUUUGGACAAAAAUGACAGAAAAGAGGAAGAGGAGGAGGAAGAGGAGAUGACUCAAGAGCGGAUACAGAGUCUGCUGGAGGACAUCAAGCUGGAGGGAGGCUUGGAGGACCAGGAGAUGACGGAGGAGAGGGUCAGUGCGAUUCUCGAACAAGUACGGCAAGCAGAGAGGGACAUGUCUUCAGUUUCAGGUUGGCAGGAAGCAGAGGCGUCCGGAGCAGCGGCAGAGUCUGCGGGACAACCGGACAGUCCAGGGCCAGAAGAGGGCAGCCCUGACAGUUUGGCUGAUUCCCUCGAGCAGCCGCCAGUGAAGACCGAGAAACAAAAUGGAGGCCACAGCAAUGGUGCGAGAGACGAGAAAGAGGCCAAGAAGAAGAAGGCAUCCAAGGAGGAGAGCAGCAAAGCCCAGGGAGGGGCCACAGCUGCAGACUCAGACUCCGAUGAUGAGGCCACGGUGACCACUCGAGUGUAUCGCAGAAGGGUCGUUCUCAAGGGCGAGGAGGCCAAAAAUCUUCCCGGAGAGUCUGUGACUGAGGAGCAGUUCACAGACGAAGACGGAAAUCUGGUCACGAGAAAAGUGAUCAGAAAGGUGGUGCGUCGUGUGUACAACUCUGAGGAGCUAAAAGAGGGAGAGACAGUUACGGUGGCUGUAGAUGUUGGUGAUGGUAUUGGUGGUGGUGGUGCUGAUGACUUACCUGCAGGGGGCGCUGACACUGAAACUGCCUCUUCUUCGGGAAAAGGGGGAAAGGGCAAGAAGAAGGGCAAGCGCUCCAGAGGCAAAUCUGAGACUGGAGAAGGAGGCAGCAAAAAACAAGGCAAGAAGGGUCAAUCGUAACAGUGAAGCUCAUGAAAUGAUCCCCAGUCAUCCACCUGCGACAUAGCGCACCAGGAGGGAAUUCUCAAACUGGAAACACCUGCACCGGGAGCCACGUCGACAACACCAAAAUCUGAAAUUUUCACUUUUAAAAAAACGCAUGGUUUUACAGAAGCAAAACGACUUCAUUUAUACAUUUGAUUUCGCAUGAGCAUGUCACCACUACUUUUACAGUUGGAACAGAAAACGACACACACAACGCAGGGACCGAGUUUGACCAAAGAUGGCGCUACUGGGACAAAAAUCGAAAAUACACAAAACGGACUUCCCGAUAGAUACUUGCCUUAUAUGGUCGACUUUUCCUGUUGGAGCCGCAGCAUUCAGGUGCACUGGGUGGUUCCUAUAUGAAAAAAUGAAUUAUAGCAGCGAAUGGGUGAUUUUAAUGUAAAUAAUUGACACUGUAUAAAUCAAUAGAGUUUAUGCACUGAUGAGCGGAGGGAAAGCUUUGCCGAAUCAGUGAGUUUGUACGGAGCGAGGGGCGCAUAAUGUUUAGUGCCCCUCCUCAGUGUUGCUCUUCCUGACAACUACAAAACAAGCUGUAUGUAAAUGAAUGACAAACAUGCUUGACGAUUAACAAAAUGGGCGUUUCCUGAAUCCAGUUACUACCCGGAAUUUUUUUUUUUUUGAUUUGACUCAGAGAAACUAAUUUUUGCUGCAUGUAACAUCACUUUCCUUUAACUUUCCUAAUUUUCCUGCUAAUACGAAGCACUGUAAUCCUAUUACCGAUGGUACUUCUGUGUGGACACUCAUAGUAACUCAUCUAUGCCUGUUUUUAUUUGAUUUUUUUUAUAAUGUUUUUACACACUCCGCUCAUUCAAAUACGUAUGCUUCCACAAAUACUAGCUAGCAGUUUCCAAUUACUCACCAAUACAAAUGACUGUAGACUUUGUUAGCUUCAGAACGCUAGCCGCCUCAUGUGCACCGCAUAGUCUGUACGCUCAUACUUCUACAUGCUUUUAGAUCUGCUGUGUUUUUUAAAGGGGACUUUUUAUUUUGAUGGUUUGAUAACUUUUAAUCUUUAUUUAAUUGGUUGUAUUUCGACACAAGAGCAGAAGAUCUCGUUUUUAACACCAAUAGGAAAAAAACAUAGUACUUUUUACUUAAAUCAGCAGUAUUGUUAAAGAUCAGACUUUCUGUUCCUGUGCACAUUUGUGUGUCUGUCUUUUUUCAUACAAAAGCACCGAAGCAUCCACUUGUCUAUUGAUGACAAAAACCUGGUACAACCCUGUAUGGACAUAGCCUACACUGGAUGAACAAAUUAAUUAUUUAAGCAGAAAAUAAAUUGUGUUUAAAUUGAAAAA